AGGGGCGUUUGGGGCAUCAGGAAUAGGGCAGAUAUACUCCGAUGCUCGGACCGACCUCGUUGCUCCACCGCUCUCCCUGUCGAUACCUCACCUCGCCCCCCUCAUGGAAUCCACUGUCUUGGUCCUUUCCUUCCUCACUGCUCCUCUCCUCGUCCAGAAUUCUCCGGUGAUCUUUCACCAAUCCUUUUCUCCAUCUCGGAGCUCCAUUAUCCCGGUUUUUCUCUCUUGAUUUCGAGAAAGAUCCCUUCUUUCUGUGAAAUAUUUUAUUUUGGUGGUCCUCUCGUCGUCGAUGACUCGUGUGCAUUUCUUUCAGAGUCACGGGACUUCGAUGAGUUCUGGGCAGUUGCAGCAUUAGGAGAGAAUAGAAGGACAAAUUUGGGUUUUUGGAAGUGGUUAGGGUUGCGUAUUGCUGUGAGUUUAUGGGAAUGGGUUUGUCGAAGUAUGAGGCUGUGCCAAAGACUACCUUAUUCGCUUUCCUUCUUCUUUGUCUGCUGGUUGGGUCGGCGGGUGGCAAUUUGGUGCUGAUCGGCAGAAAUGUAUCAUUGACAUUCCCGGAUGUCGAGGCCAAUUUUGCUCCAUCGGUAAAAGGAUCUGGUGAGAAUGGGGUAUUAUAUGUUGCCGAACCACCUGAUGCAUGUGCUCCAUUAACAAAUGAAGUUGCUCAAGGUUUAGAUUCUCGAUUUGCAUUGAUUAUAAGAGGAGGAUGUACAUUUGAUGUUAAAGUCAGAAGUGCACAAAAUGCUGGCUUCAAAGCUGCAAUUGUAUAUGACAAUGAAGAUAGAGGUUCCCUGAUUUCAAUGGCAGGAAAUUCAAUUGGCAUCCAUAUCCAUGCUGUGUUUGUUUCUAAGGCCUCUGGCGAGAUACUAAAGAAAUAUUCUGGUCGGACUGAUUUGGAGUUGUGGAUUAUACCCACCUUCAAGAAUUCAAUAUGGUCGAUUAUGGCCAUCUCCUUCAUAUCACUACUUGUCGUGUCUGCUGUGCUUGCUAUGUGUUUCUUCAUCCGCAGACACCAUAUCAGGCAUGAACGGCCUAGAGUUUCUAACGUUCGAGAGUUCCGUAGAAUGAGCAGUCAACUGGUUAAAGCUAUGCCAAGUCUCAUAUUCACCUCAGUUGUGGAUGAUAAUUGCACUUCAACAACUUGUGCUAUUUGCCUAGAAGACUACAAUGUUGGGGAGAAGCUUAGGCUAUUGCCAUGUCAUCAUAAGUUCCAUGCAUUUUGUGUCGAUUUCUGGCUCACUAGUUGGAGGUCUUUUUGCCCUGUUUGCAAGCAAGAUGCUAGGGCAGGAAUACCUAAUAUUCCAGCUUCUGAGUACACUCCUUUACUGUCUUCUGGUGCAGCAACUCCAUCUUCCAAUGCAGGACUAUCAUCAUUUUGCUCAUCCAUGGCAUCGUCCCCAGCCAUCCAAAUAUCUCCUCGGCGGUCACAGUCAAAUUGCCAACCACAUUCAUUCUCUAGUGCUCGUUCCCCAGCUACUCAAAUAGCUACAAUGACUCCCCAUUCACAAUCAAGUUCGUUCUCUAGUGCAUGUAUCGCUAACCCACAAAGCUCUUAUGGUCACUCACAAGCAUUUAGAAUUGGUAGAAGUUCUUUGGACCCUAGAAAUGCAUCAUCUCAUAGACCUCAAACUUAUCUUCUAUCAUCUCAUUCCUUGGAAUUUCCUGGGUCAUCGUCUAUCAAUUCAGGACUUGCAUCCUCUUAUAUUCUUGGUUCAAGUUAUGUGUCCCCGAGCAACCUUGCUGCAUCUUCGAGUUGACAGUCAUACUUGAGACAUUGCACUGAAUCAGGUGCAAGCCUAUCUGAGUUGGCCUCGGCUCAAUCUCCGCCAGGAUGUUGAUUUAUAUCAAUUUUCUGCAAUGAGGUCUUGAACUAUGUACAGCUGCAGUUUUGCUGCACGUUAUCAAUUCUUUGUUGUAUGGGUUGUCAGAUCCUAGAUGGCAGCAUGAGUUGCAGUAACAAUUUGAUUCACUGUUCUACAAUGAUGUGGUGGUUCAUGUGCUCAACAUGAUUAUUCAGGUUUUAUGGUUUCGAUCUAAUUUUGUGUUUGGCUGCUGUCAUCAUUGUGUGAUGGGAUCACAAGAUGCUGAUUUGCUUUGAUGUGUAGAAGUGUUGGUCAUUGAUUGUUUGAGGACAAAACAUGCACUUACAUGAGACGGGUUCUGUAAUCUGUGGAUGAGUUAGCCUCCUCUAAGAUCUGUGGCUACAGUGUAUCUUUCAGACUUACAGCCCAAGGGUGUCAAUUGAAUGUUGGAUGUAGUGUGCCAUGUAGUUUAUUACCAAGCGUAAAAGCUUUGCAGGUAUAUAAAAAAAAUGAUUUUUUUGCUCA